GGCGGACCCCUGGAGCGGCGGGGCCGGGCAGGGCUGCUGGGCAGGCGGCGUCUCCAGCAGCCGCGCGGGGGGCGCCCGGGGCUCUGCGAAGGAGCCGUUGAUCCUUGAAAUGCCAUCAAGACUUUGAAAUACUAUGAAAACUUAGUUACCGGGGAAUGUGUUACUAAAGAUACUGCUUUGCUGUGCUAUAUUGGAGGGCAUGCAUGGCUGAAGGAGUCAGCCCCCUUUCCUAGCUGCAGGGCAGCCCUGUUGUCUUUCCCACCAUGUGACCUGGCACACCUGUGCAGCAAAUACCAUUCUUCCUCAAAGAAUGAGCACAUGUCGAUGGUGUACACCUAGUGGUUCUGACACCACUGACUUCCUGAAGAGCUAUGCUUCCAAACGGUUGUCCCCAGAUGAUCUUGAAGGAUCCAACGAUGAUCUCUGUUACUGCCUGGAGUGUGUGGUUGAAUACCACAAAGCAAGGGAAAAGUUGCCAGGGUUGCAUGAGAUUUUGUGGAAAUUGGAAACCUCUCGUCUUGUUGCCCACAUUGAGAAAUCCAUGGGAGAAGAUGCUGGAGAAGAUGAUGAGUUGUUUAUAGUGAAUGAGAAUGGAGAGACACCACUCUCUGGUUAUGUGGGCCCAGAUUUUGAGAACAACCUGCGAGUACCCCUUCUAGAAAUACUGAAAUACCCGUAUCUGCUGCUGCAUGAGAAAGUCAGUGAGCUGUGUGUGGAAGUGCUCUGUAGAAUGGAGCAAAGUCACAACUCCUUUCAGGUCUUUGAGAAAUGUCCAGGAAUUUACCUCUUUUUGGUACACCCAAAUGAAGCAGUCCGUCGAUGGGCCAUCCUAACAGCAAGGAAUUUAGGGAAGGUUGACAGGGAUGAUUACUAUGACUUACAGGAAGUGCUGACUUGCUUGUUCAAAGUUAUUGAGUUGGGGCUUUUUGAGAGUCCAGAUAUUUACAGCUAUUCAAUGAUUGAAGAGGGUAAACUCAUCCUUCUGCCAUCUCAUUUAUAUGAUAAUACCAACUAUAAGAACUAUUGGCUAGGGAUUUGUAUGUUGUUGACAGUGCUGGAAGAACAAGCUAUGGAGUCCUUGUUAUUGGGCCCAGAUAAACAAAAUGAUUUCAUGCAGUCUAUACUUCACACCAUGGAGAAAGAAGCAGCUGAUGAUUCCACUGACCCCUUCUGGCCAGCGCUGCAUUGUUUCAUGGUUAUUUUGGAUCAACUCGGAUCUAAAGUAUGGGGUCAGCUUAUUGAUCCUGUCCAAGCCUUUCAAACCAUUAUCAACAGUGUGAGCUACAACAAUGAAAUAAAAAAUAUACGCAGUAGCUUUAAGAGGACAAAAUCUGAACCAGAGUCAGACUAUGACGAUGACAUGAUCACUUGCAGUCAGAUUGUGUACAAUUUCAACACAGAAAAGCCUCAAAAGAAUGCUGGAUGGAAGUCUGACAUUUGUCCCGAAUACUGCCCCAACAUGUAUGAAGAUAUGCAAACACUGGCUAAUGUGCUUCAGUGUGAUAUAGGCAGAGACAUGCGCGUCCAUCACAGCACGUUUCUGUGGUUCAUCCCAUUUGUGCAGUCGCUUAUGGAUCUCAAGGACUUGGGUGUAGCAUAUAUAGUAGAGGUCAUCCACUACCUUUGCUCAGAAAUCAAAGAUAUUCUCAAUGAAAGAAUCCAGCAGUGUGACAAAAUCUCUGAAUUUUUUCUCAUGGUCUUGGUGUCGAUUGUUGAACUGCACAGAAAUAAAAAGUGCCUGCAUUUGCUGUGGAUUAGCUCCCAAGAAUGGGUGGAAGCAGUGGUGAGAUGUGCAAAGCUUCCAGGUAUAGUCUUUACACGGUGCACUGAAAAAGCAUCUGGACCUUGUGCGAGAGGUUCAUCAUCAAUAUCUUCACAAGCUACUAACUCUGUGCAGCAUGCCUGUGUGCAGUUGAUACGCAGCCUUCUUAGAGAGGGCUAUCAGUCUGGGCAGCGUGCUCUUUGCAAGCAAUACCUAGACAAACUCAAUCUUCUUCUGCGAGGCAGUCUGUCUCUAGGUUGGCAGCUGAACAUCCAGGAAACUCAUGAAUUACAACUGUGUUUGAAGCAUGUUAUAAGAAGUAUGAAGGACAGAGCAUUGUCUAGGUCUGUGCCUGCAGGAAACAAUACAAGCUCUACAACUUCGCCUGUCAUUUCUGUAAAGCAAGAGAAGAGUGUACAUGAUGAUGGGCUUAAGAUGAGUAUACAAGGCAGAGAUGGCCAUGGUUCGUCAUUUGCUGUCAUGUUGAAGGAAGGUGGAGGUGAAGAUUGUCAAGGAAAUGCUUUCCCUCAGAGGAGGAGUGCCUGGGAAGAGGAAUGUAGAGAUGCAUCUAACAAUUCAAGGUCUCGGACAUCCACAGAAAGUCCUUUGGUGAAUAUUAAAAAGGAACCUAAUGAUUUCACAGCUCAGGAUUGUGUCUACCCACAGAACUCUUUGGCAACAAAAGUAUGUGGGAAAGUUCUGGAAAAUAGGAACAAUGAUGUGUCAGUGAAAGGUGAUUUGGGUAAUCAGUGUUUGAAUCCAACUGCCCAGCAUUCAGAUCUCAGAAAAAGCGGAGAGCUGGAAAGCAGAUGUGAAGCAGGAUCCAUAACACCACUGCAUCUGCCUGCUCAAACUUGUAUUGGUUCUCCAGAACAUGCUUCUAGCUCAGAUUUAAAGGAAAGCAACGUGUCUCUCAGUUUCUCUUCAAAGUUUAAAGUAGAUGUACAUAGACUCAGCAAUUUGAAAAGCAAACUGCAGAAAACUGAUUUGCCCUUAAAAAUAUUGAACCCAGCAAAGUCAGGCAACUUGAAAAACUACAGUUCAGCAGCAAGUCCUUCAAAAGCAGGAGAGCAACCUGAGUUUUGCCCUGGCCAUCUGUGUACAAGCAAAGAUUGUAAUAAACAUCAGAGAGUCACUACUGCAUGUGAAAAUGAAGCCUCUAUUGAUACUCCAAGGCAUCGUGAAAGUACACGGGAGAAAAGUGGUUUUCAAUCCAGCCUGGUCCCCAAUAAACAAGUAUCAAAGGAAAUGCCCCAAGAUUGCUCUAAUUCCUCUAAAAAUGAACCUGAAGUGAAGGAAAAUCAAGAUGACAGUAUUUUGCUUUUAGACAUCAGUGACACCUUAUUGAGAAAAGUAUCCACCGAAGAAAAAUCGAGUUCUUUGUUGAAGUCUGUGUUUAAGAAAGACACUGACAUGCAAACUUCAGACUGGGGACAGCCUCACUUAAAUGACUUGGCUAAAUAUGACUCUAAAAGUCACAUUUCAAAGGCAUUUUGUAUGGAUAAAACUUCAACAAAUGGUCAUGUUCCAUCUAGCUCUGAAAACCAGAGAGAUAUAUCCAACCCUGCUGCUCGGCUCAGGACACUGUCAUUGAAGUGUGAGUCGAGUGACAGAUUGUUGGAAUUUUCCGAGUAUUUCAAACAAGAAAACAGUUCAGUAAGGAAGAAAGAGGCAGAUGGUACAAAGAUGGUUUCUGAAGAUAAUACUUCAACAGAAUUCCAGGUUGACGGAGAACUGAGUAAGUUAUCUCCAGAUGCACGUGCUAAAAGUCUCAGUUUUCCCUGUGAUUCACGCCAAGAAAGCUCAAUACAGCAGAAUGUAUGUGACAUUAAAAGGAAAGUGAAAGGUGCUGUAAGGUCUUCUGAGAAUAGCCAAAGUAUUAAGCUUCCCUCUGAUAUGGGUUGUUGUAACAAACAAGUCAUUAUCAUUUCAGAUUCUUCUGAUGAAGAGGAACGUGUGUCAGACAAAGUGCAAACAAAUCAAAUGAAUGAAAAUGUGUGUCCUGAAAAGCAGCCAUCAACUUCCAGCUGCCGUUCUGAUCGUGAUAUCAAAAUGGAAUCAAAGAGUCCAAGCUCUCCCUUGGCAAUGGAAGACUGUGAUUCUCAGUACUUUGAAUUUGAAACAGAAGAUGAUGUCUUUUCAGUUUGGCAAGAUACUCAAGCAUACUUUAUGGAAGAAACUCAGGAGUAUAAACAAGGUGAUAUGAAACAAGGUGAUAUUUUGACAUCAGUUGGUAGUGGCAAUUCAGAUGGCCCACCGGAUGAUCACACAAAUGAGUGGGGCUAUGAUAUGGAUUAUAUAAGUGAUGAUAUCAUGGAAGAAGCAGCAAACUCAUUAGAAGAGCAUGCAGAAAAUGUUUCUCAUCAGAAAGAAGCUGAUAAUACAGAAGUGGUGACUAAUUCAACGUUGCAAGAAUCUGUUAGCAAGGAAGAUGCAAAAGAACAGCUGGAGAAUUUUGCAGACAAAUGUGCUGUUGCUAAAGAUUUCCCCCUCGAAUCAAAAUUGGCUGAACCCAAAGCAUCUACAUCUAACAUCUCAUUAGCUUCAAAGUUGGCCCUUAAGAAAAAUAGCACAAGCCCAGGUAAGAGCACAGCAAAAUCAAAGGUGGCAAGAAUUGCUCAAAGAAGCCCUAAAAAAUCUCCUGUUUGUAAACCAGCCCAAAAUAAAAAACUGCUUCAAAGUACGUCCAAAACCUCUCAGCCUGGCAGGUCGCUCCCUGCUGUGGUUCCUCCAAGGAAGGUUCGACAGCACCCUGCACCAGCAUCAACUGCAGAAAAACUUGGUCUGAAGAAGGCGCCUCGCACAGCGUUUGAGUUGUCCCAGCGCUCUUUGGAGAGCGUGGCGCAGUUGCGCAGCCACGGUAAAGCUGCAGGAAGGGUUGUAGCUGCACAGAAACAGAGGGCUAAACUAAUUGCUCCUCAGAGUUUAUCUGUAAAGCAUAACAAAAAAUUGCUGGCCUGCCAGGACCGUCAGUUUUUUAGGCAGAUGAGGCCUCAAAAAGGUGUCAGAGUGAAAAAUACUCCAGGAGGUUGUGAGAGUAGAUACAAAGCCAGAAAAGUGGAUACAAAAUCUAUGAAGCAGAGGUCUAAAAGUUUUGGAUUGGCAUCUGUUGAAAACCAAAAAGAGAAAACCAAGGAAGAAGCUGUUGGUCCCUCUGUCAGUGACAGAAAAUUUGAGAGCUGUGGGGAGGAGGAGGGGUAUGGCUCUAAAAUGCCAAGUUCUUCAAACUCAAACAGGAAAUCAGAGGACAGCAGUGAGGUGGUUUCUCCUGUUGCUACGGUUUCAAGUCUCUCUUCCACUGCACUUGCUGGAAGUGAGAAAGAUGAACCUUCAGGAAGAGAUUGUGUUGCCCAGCUGGUGUGUGAGAAGACAACUUCAAAAGAAGAUGAGUGUAAAUCAAAUGGAAACAGUGAAGACGAUGAUGAUCUAUUUUUAACUCAGUUAGAUCCUGUGGAUAUGGAGUUAUGUUCUGAGGAAGAAAGUGUUCAAGAUACUACUACAGCUAGUGAAAAACCAGAGGAAAUGGAUACUGGUGGAAGCCUCCAGCAGAAUGAACCCUUGACUUUUGUGAAAUGUAAGAACAAAGACUGUACGGAAAAAGUGGAAAAACCUGGAGAGUGCUGUAGUAAGCAUUCAGCCACUAGCUCAGGAGCAGAUCACUUGUUUGCCAAACCUUCUCUCCUGCCCCCUAAAACCAGAAAGCCUUCCACUACCAAAGUUUUCAGCUCAGCAAGUUCUUCACGAAAUGCAGCCUUCAGUAAGGAUCUUGAAGACGUUCGAAAGCCACCUCCAGCUUCAAAAAGCAAAGCGAGUGCAGCAAAACCAGUGGUGGUCAGGCCACCAAAUGCAAAGGCUGUACCAACGGGAAGUACAACGUGCAGGUCUCCAAGUGUCAGUAAUGCCCCUCAGCAUCGUGUCUGUGGUAACAUUCUCCAGUCACAAAAUAGACAGAACACCAGUAUGUCGACUGUUUCCAGAAGGCCUCCCCAAGAAACAAGUUAUUCUUCCUUUCUUGGUGCUCAGCACCGGGAUCAUAGUAUUUUUGUUAGUGAAGUCUUAAAGUGGACUUAUGACAUGUUUGCAAACUUCACCCAGUUUGGAACUCCAAGUCAUCUGCAGCAGUCUGUGGUAGCCUCUGUUCCUGUCCAGUUCCAGGGGUACAAUGACUACUUUGAUACGUUUUUCCCCUUGAUGAUGCUGAAUAGCUUUGAAACGGUGGCACAAGACUGGAUAGAAAACCAGAAAGUAAGAGAGAGGAGUUAUUACUUCAACUUACAGAACUUCAGUGCUGACUUGAAUACAGCAAAUUUUACAGCUCAUUUUCGAGAGAGUGAUUUGGCAAAGCAACUUCAUCCAAAGGAGGAUGACUUGAUCUUCUUGGUGGUCCAAAGGACAAAAGACAAUUUUAGAGAAGAAAAUGAGAUGGAAAACCAUGUAGUGAAUCAUGUUGGUCUUGUGACACGGUUUUCUCAUGCAUCUGGACGUUUAGCUAAACAAAAGGAGCAGUAUACUGUCUGUCAUCUUUCUGUUCAAACUCGAGGCAAUUUGGCAUUCUUCAUAAAUAAGCAAGUGAAGUGCGUGGUGGUUGGCUCCCUGGUCACAACACGUCGAAAAUUCAAAGGUCUGCUACUGUUGAGCAGGAGUCCCCUGGCUAAACCCGUCAUCAGCCCAAGCUACAGUGACUUCUGUCCCAGAGAUUUGCUUGUGGCUUCAGAAAGUGCUGCACUGGAUAUGAAAGAAUACAAUGAAGAUCAAAAGAGAGCAAUUGAGACAGCUUAUGCCAUGGUAAAACAACAUCCAGGGCUUCCCAAGAUCUGCCUUAUCCAUGGACCACCUGGAACAGGGAAAUCAAAAACUAUUGUUGGGCUUUUGUCUCGUGUUUUGAGAGAAAACACUAGGAAUGAGAAAACAACUAAAAGAACACAUUCCAAGAUCAAGCCAAACCGUUUUCUGGUUUGUGCACCAUCAAAUGCUGCUGUUGAUGAGCUGAUGAAAAAGAUCAUCGUUGCAUUUAAGGAAAAAUGCCAGAACAAACAGGAACCUUUGGGAAACUGUGGUGAUAUCACAUUAGUGAGACUUGGUGCUGAAAAAGCAAUCAACAGUGAAGUCCGGGGGUUUAGCCUGGACAAGCAAGUUGAACAUAGAAUGAAACGAAAACCAGGUGACUGUGACCAGGAUAUUGAGAAGAGAAAAGCAGCUCUGGAUCAAAAGCUGGACAUGCUGUCUCGUCAACGUGCCAUGCACAGAUUUGAGAAGAGAGAGAGUCAAAUGUUAGAUGAUGAAAUUGGCAGACUUUCAAGGGAGAGACAACAGCUUGCUUCUCAACUAAAAGAGGUUCGGGGUCACUCUCAGAAAGUACAGGCAGAUAUCAUCUUGGAGUCCGACAUCAUCUGCUGCACGCUGAGCACGAGCGGCGGUGGUCUGCUUGAAUCGGCUUUUUCGCGGCAAGGACUUGAUCCUUUCAGCUGUGUCAUUGUGGAUGAGGCAGGGCAGUCCUGUGAGGUCGAAACACUGAUUCCACUGAUCCAUCGCUGUAAUAAGCUCGUCCUUGUUGGAGAUCCCAAACAACUCCCUCCUACUGUAAAAUCCAUGAAGGCUCAGGAGUAUGGCUAUGAUCAGUCCUUGAUGGCACGCCUGCACAAGCACCUGGAGGACCAAGUGCAGAAGAAUGUUUUACGAAGCCUGCCAGUUGUGCAGCUGACUGUGCAGUACAGGAUGCACCCUGACAUCUGCUUCUUCCCAUCCAAUUAUGUUUAUGGCAGGACUCUAAAGACAGACAAAGCAAUAGAAGAGAACAGAUGUUCUUCAGAGUGGCCAUUCCAACCCUACCUAAUCUUUGAUGUAGGAGACGGUUGUGAGGAGCGAGACAAUGACUCUUUCAGUAAUCCUCAGGAAGUGAAACUGGUGUUGGAAUUAAUGAGAACAAUUAAAGAAAAAAGGAAGGAUCUUGGUUUUCGUCGCAUUGGAAUAAUCACCCCUUACAAUGCACAGAAAAAGAGAAUCCAGGAGCAACUGGACAGGGUGUUUAGGAGUAGCAGCAGUCCAGGAGAAGUUGACACAGUGGAUGCGUUCCAGGGACGAGAGAAAGACUGCAUCAUAGUGACAUGUGUCCGGGCUAACAGCACUAUUGGGUUUCUGGCAAGUCUUCAGCGUCUGAACGUUACAAUAACCCGAGCCAGGUUCAGCCUCUUCAUCCUUGGAAGGCUGCAGACGUUGAUGGAAAACAAAGACUGGAAUGAAUUGAUUCAGGAUGCUCAGAAAAGAGGUGCUAUUAUCAAGACAACAGAAAAAAACUACAAGAAAGAUGCUGUGAAGAUUUUGAAGCUCAAACCAACACUACAGCCCCCAGCCAAAGCAGGGACAAAGGAAUCUGCUCUGUUACAGGCUUCUAGUAGCAAGAGAGGUGAGCUUGCCCAUCCAAGGGAGGCCAGUAGCCCGCAGGAGCUGACUGCUGGUGCUGCCCAUGCAGUGCCCCAAGGAAGCAGAGGGCCCCAGCAGCCCCAGGGGGCUCUGGCUGCAGUUGCCAGGAGAGGCAGUGCCUCUGCAGCCAGGGAGGCUCCAGCACUUCCUACUGAUCAAGAGAAACCGAGGGACCCGAGGCUGGUGAGUAUGGCCGGUAGAACUGAAACAAAAGGGAAGGAGCCGGCCUCAAAAGACAGUGGUCAUUCAACCCAGAGCCAUACAGGAUCAUCACAUCAAGGCCUCAAUGUGUCUUCAGCUGCCAGGGAUCGUGUUCCCAGAACAGAAAUGCCAAAGAGGCCCCAACCAACGAUGGGACCACAUGAUGCAACUGCGGCGUCGCCAUACACGGCUCGACAUGAGGGGGACAGGAGAACUUCUCUGUCAAAAAGCAGCUCCAGAGGCCACAGUGAGGAAGGUCAAAGCAGUAGCAGUAAGUGGAACAAGGAAUAUCAUGCUCUAACGAGGAGAGCACCAGAGGAAUGGCCACGGAACACAGACUCAAACAGUGCCAAGCGAAGGAAGACCUCUCACUGAUUUGAGUGUUGUCUCAUUCCUGAAAAUCUGUUCCCAGAUUUGUCUAAGAAAGACUGUAUUUUAAAUUAUUUACUGCACGUAGAACUCUCCUUUAUUCAUACCACUAGUAUCAACAGAUGCAUCUUUUUCCUGUCCUGUCCCUGAUUAUGAAGGGGACUUUAUACCUCACAGUUGAUAGCUCUGAGCUUCUGAAAGGAAAAGCUGGCUUAGCUGCACUGCUUGGAAGAGUGGUGAAUUUUGUCAUCUAGGAAGUUAAGAAUGUAAAUGUUUAACAGUGUAUAUUUGUACAGUAUACAGAAUUAUUUUAAGAUUUAAUUUGUCAAAUAUAUAGCUUCUUGUUUCCUUGUGCAAA